AUGCAGUCACUGCGACGAGCCCUGUCGCUGUCUAGUGAAACCGGAGACAUGGAGGGUAUCUGCCACGCCACCAUGCAGCUGGGGCAGGCCUGCAAGAGCAACGGCGAUGAGGAGAUGGCGCUUCAGUACUUCCGUGCGAACUUUCAGGCGGCGUGCCGUCAGCAGAACCAAGACCUGGAGGAUCAGGCUCGCGUCGCGUUGGGCUUUGCACUCGGUGAGCACUACUUUAAGCACGCAGGCGGUGGUCGCGGGUACGUGCCUAUUGUCUGCUACGACGUGAAGGCGCAGUUGGAGUGGAUGAGCAAAGGUGUGUUGUAA